CAGCUGAACGUCCCAGCUCCUGGCACAGGUAUCAUUCGCCUCCCUGGGCUAGUCAGAAGGGGAGAAAGAUGCUGCCCAGGAUUCUCACAGUAGUGAUACUGGGGGUUAUGCUCCCUCGUCAGGCUAAUGGAAAGACCACCAUAAAGCAGGAGGGAUAUUGUUCUCUGUAUGAUAAUUGUGGUGAAAAUCCUGAAGUGACUAAACCUCUGCUCAAAACAGAUAUUCCUUGUGAAUCCAAUGAACCAGCCAGGAUAUUAACCGGGGCGCACCUCAGUCUUCUAAAAGAAGUUUGCCCAAUGCUGUACAAUGGGGACAACGAUACACGUGCCUGCUGCUCAUAUGGACAACUACAAAGCAUCCAGAAAAGCUUUGCACUAUCUAUAGCCAUCUUGAAUCGAUGCCCCUCAUGUUCUGAAAACUUUGCCAACAUUCAUUGCCAGAACACCUGCAGCCCAAAUCAGAGCACAUUCAUUAAUGUUGCCCGAACAAUCCCUCGCAAUAUCAGUGGGGUACUUAAAGAAGGUGUACUGGAGUAUCAGUGCUUUUACCAGCGGCAAUUUGCCGAGAGAUCCUUUGACUCCUGCAGAAAUGUUCGCUUGCCUUCCACCGGUGGGUUUGCUAUUUCUACAAUGUGUGGAAAAUAUGGAGCAGAGUUUUGCACCAGUCAACGCUGGCUUGACUUUCAAGGAGACAUCAGCAAUGGGUUGGCACCACUUAUCAUUGAUUUCAGACUUAUAGACAAUAAUACUGAAGUUGGUGGUUCUAUCGUGCCACAUAAUAGCACAGUGUGGAGUUGUAGUGUUGGACCAGGGGGAGAUUUAGAGAAUGCCUGCACGUGCCAAGACUGUAAAGAAGCAUGCCCACAAAUUCCUGCACCAGAGCCAUUGCCAGGCCCUUUCAAGAUAGGGGCUCUGGAUGGGUACUUAAUAAUAAGCAUUGUAGUUUUUGGCACAUUGUUGUUUUUCUUUUUUGUGUUUUUGGGCAUGAGAUGUGCAGCAGACAGAUGCAAGAAAGACAAAACAAAAAAUAAAGAGCCACCACGGGUCCAACUCUCUGACCUGAACUGUUCAGAGAAAAUCACCUACAAAACUAAUGCCUCAAUGGAGAAAGCAUUUCAGUGGUGGGGCAUUCGUAUAGCUACUUACCCUAAAACAGUCAUUGCCAUCUCUCUAGUUGUAGUUGUUGUUCUCUCAGCAGGCAUGGUGUUAAUUAAACUGACUACAGAUCCUGUUGAGCUGUGGUCAGCACCAAGCAGUAGAGCCAGACAGGAAAAGGACUUUCAUGAUGCAAAUUUUGGCCCAUUCUUUAGAACUAAUCAGCUAAUUAUAACGGCUGACAAUCGCCCACCAUACUCUUACGAUUCCCUCUUCUUUGGAAAACUGAACUUUAGUGGAAUCCUCUCCCCGGAUAUCCUACUGGAACUUCUGGACCUGCAGACCAAGCUGCAAAACAUUGAAGUGUGGUCCGAGAAGCAUAACAAAACCAUCACCUUGAAGGAUGUUUGCUAUGCACCCCUGAAUCCCAAAAAUGCCUCAGGAACUGACUGUGCAGUGAAUAGUUUGAUGCAGUACUUCCAGAACAACAAAACGAGGUUCAACAUGGAGGUGACACAGACAUUAUCUGGGGAGACAGGCACUGUUGGAUGGAGGGACCAUUUCCUCUAUUGUGUCAACUCACCAUUGUCAUUUAAGGACAUUACAGACCUGGAACUGAGCUGCAUGGCAGAUUACGGUGCUCCAGUCUUCCCCUUCCUUGCCGUGGGAGGUUAUGAUGACAAUCGGUUCUCGGAGUCAGAAGCUUUGAUUUUGACCAUCUCUCUGAACAAUUUCCCUCGUUCUGAUCCUAAGUUUGAAUACGUUUUACUUUGGGAGCAGAAAUUCCUGGAACUUGUGCAGGAAUAUAAGAAAGAUCCAAAAAGUAAUUUUAGCUUUGCUUAUAAUUCAGAAAGAUCUUUAGAGGAUGAAAUUAAUCGGACCACAGCAGAAGACAUUCCCAUCUUUGCCAUCAGUUACCUGGUGAUCUUUAUAUACAUUGCCCUUGCUCUGGGGGAGUACAGCAGCUUCCGGAGAGUGCUGGUGGACUCUAAAGUGACCCUUGGUUUGGGUGGAGUUCUGGUUGUCCUGGGAGCUGUUUUGGCAUCAAUGGGUUUCUUUAGCUACAUUGGGUUACAAUCCUCACUCAUCAUUGUGGAGGUUGUGCCUUUCUUGGUUCUAGCCGUGGGUGCAGACAACAUCUUUAUAUUUGUCCUGGAGCUUCAGAGAGAUCAAAGGCGGGAGGGCGAACGAACAGAGGAGCAGAUUGGAAGAGUCCUUGGUGGUGUGGCCCCCAGCAUGCUACUUUGCAGUCUGUCGGAGUCGCUUUGCUUUUUUCUGGGUGCCCUUACACAAAUGCCUGCUGUUCGGACCUUUGCCCUGAAUGCAGCCCUUGCCAUCCUGUUGGAUUUUGUCCUUCAGAUCUCCAUGUUUGUGGCCCUUGUGUCUUUGGAUGCUAAGCGUCAAGAGCAAAAUAGAUUUGAUGUCUGCUGCUGUGUGAAAACCAAGACUGAAAAACCCAAGAAGAAAACAAAGGGCCUGCUGGUCUCCUUCAUGAAGAAAGUCUAUUGUCCCAUUAUUCUGAAUCCGUUUAGUCGAGUGAUAGUGAUGAUUGUCUUCAUCUUUCUCUUCAGCUGUGGGAUAUAUUUCAUGAUGUAUUCUCGUGUUGGCCUCAGCCAGGAGCUGUCUGUACCACUGGAUUCCUACGUAAUUCAGUAUUUCAAUUAUCUCAACAAGUAUUUCGAGGUUGGUGUCCCCACGUACUUUGUGACCACAGGUGGAUACAACUUUACCUCAGUGGCUGGAAUAAAUGGUAUCUGUUCCAGCUCAGGGUGUGAUAAUAACUCAAUGACACAGAAGAUACAGUAUGCCACUGAUUAUCCUGACAGAUCUUAUUUGGCAGUCCCAGCAUCUUCCUGGGUCGAUGAUUUCGUGGACUGGCUAAACCCGUCAUCAGAUUGCUGCAGGCUACAUUUAAUCAAUGACACAUUCUGCUCCUCCACCAACAACUCGCUUCUAUGUAUCAGGAAAUGUAUGAGAAAUCCAACUGGACCUCUGCGACCAACAGUGGAAGAAUUUAACAAAUAUUUGCCUUAUUUUCUGUCAGACUAUCCAAAUCUGAAGUGUCCAAAAGCGGGUUUAGGUGCUUAUGAUAAUGCUGUUAAGUUCAACGAUGCGGAUGAAAUUAUAGCAACUCGUUUCAUGGCAUAUCAUACGCCCUUAAAGAACUCGCAAGAGUAUACGGGUGCGCUGAAAUAUGCCCGAGAACUGGCAGCUAAUAUAACAAAGACAUUGAGGCAGGUUCCGGGCACAGAUCCUGAUUUCAAAGUCUUCCCUUAUACGAUUACGUACGUCUUCUAUGAACAGUAUCUCACCAUUGUACAGGAGGGGCUUUUCACUUUAGCCAUCUGUCUGUUGCCAACCUUUGUGGUGUGCUGCAUCCUUCUGGGCAUGGACCUGCGCUCUGGCAUUAUUAACCUGCUUACCAUUUUUAUGAUCAUCAUAGACACAGUUGGCGUCAUGACUUUAUGGGGCAUUGAUUAUAAUGCUAUCUCCCUCAUCAACCUUGUAACGGCCAUUGGGAUAUCAGUAGAAUUUGUCUCUCAUCUUACACGGUCCUUCGCCAUGAGCAACAAACUCACCAAAGUCGAUCGAGCAAGAGAUGCUACUAUCUAUAUGGGCAGCGCUGUAUUCGCAGGAGUAGCAAUGACAAACCUUCCGGGAAUCAUUGUUUUAGCGUUUGCCAAAGCACAGCUCAUUCAAAUCUUCUUCUUCCGGCUUAAUCUGACCAUAACUCUGCUGGGACUGGCGCAUGGCCUCGUCUUCCUCCCGGUUGCACUCAGCUACUUUGGUCCUGAUGUGAACCGAGCAGUGUUACUACAGUAUCAGGAGAAAGAACAGAAAGGCAAGGACAGCAAUGGGCAGAUAGACCCUAAUGUAUAUCAUGACAUCACCCUCCAGGAAGAAGGGAAAAAUAAAAAGGAGGAGAACGGCACCCAUGUAUAUGAUAACAUGGCCUUCCAGGAUGAAGGGAAGGGCACAAAGGAGAAGAAAGCAUCUAAAGAGAAAAACAAAUCUUAAGGACGCACUUUGCUUCUCUGCUAGUGCAUUUCAUUACCUCAUGAACUAUUGGAAGAUCCAGCCACUUCUGCAUACGAUGCCAGCCCACGGGCUGCGGCGACAUCACACCAGACACUAACUGUGACUCUGUUCACAUAGAAAUGCAAGGAUCUGAUGGACACUAUGUAAACUAGGAAAAGGUGUAAUCUUCUGGGUCCUAAUUGCAUCCCUGUAAUAGGGGCCAUCCUCCCACUAUUACACCUAACUUAUAGUACUGGUCUCUUCAGAUGGGGCAAAGAGACAUUUGGGCCCCAUCAUAUGCCGGGGCAUGCAACCUCUGCACCCCUUAUAGAUACGCCCCUGUUUACUUAAGGGGUUGCCUGGCUGAUGUUUUCUUAGUCUUAGACUCUGAAUGUUAUACAAAUUUUAAAAACUUAUACUCACCGAUCCCCUGCCACCCCCAUACUGACAAUUCCUGGGUCCUCGCUGGUCUCUACUUCAUGGUCCCUCUCGACAUGCAGGAGAUGACUGCUAAACAGUCAGUUCCUGAGGGACCAGGAAGAAGAGAACAGCGGGGACCUGGAGGUAGUCGGAACGGCAGCGGCAGGGGUUCCGUGCGGCCUGUAUUGCUUCUUAACAAAUUUCUAUUUUUUGGACAACCCUUUUCAAACAAUUAGAAAAAAAUCUAUGUCACUCCACAAAAAGUCCUAGAAAAUGUUAGUCAAUAAUGUGCAAACAAUCCAGGUGAGUGUAAGUCACACUGUUUGAUGCCGGACGUUUCGGUCCCGUGUGGACCUUUUUCAACAGUGCCUCUGUGGCAGCAGAAAUACAGAAAGUCUGGACUUUGCUGGUGCAGGACACAAUGUGGAAGCAGUUGAUUUUUUUUUUCCGUUAAUAUUAUAUCGACAAAUAAAGUCAUAUUUUUGCACCUUG